AUGUUAGCUUCACAACUUACCCCGAAAGCUAAUCCCCUCACUCUGCUCCCCGAAAAGUCUCUACCGCCACCACCACCACCACCACCACCACCACGAUUCUCCUACAGUGCCAACACAAUCAAGGCGCUUCCACCGCGACCAAACAUUCAACGCAGCUGGACAGAGCACAAACCAGCAGCAACCCCAGAAUCGAGUCAAGACGCUUGUCUGCUCGCUCAACACCCUCGAUCCAUGUCGAGCGGAAACACUGCUUCCUUCCUUGAUCUCGAUCUGGACUCGCCCGAGCGUCUGCUGUUUGCUCAAUCAACGCAGGCAACAUCACACCACGCGCCGAUUCUUCCGCCUACCGAGCCGGAGUCUUCGCUAGUCCAGCCAUUCUACUCGCCUUGCCUCAACUUGCCAAGUUCGCGGCGAACAUCACUUCGACCUGAACAAGUCGCUGCCAUGUCGUCCGGACUUGUCUCCGCCUCGAAUCGUCGCGCACCUCGCCCGUCAUUACCAGUGGAGUGGAAGAGCACUGCUCCCAACACGCCACCGCUUGUCAGCUCUGUCGAGCCCGCAAAGCAGCCCGAUCUGUCUACCUUUAUUCAGCAGAAUAGCGCUGGGCAAACGUCUCCUGCGAGUCAAAGACUCAGUUCGCAUCACACCAACUUCUCUUCCGACUACUCCAUCCGCGAUUCUGCAUCAACAACGCAUACAUCCAUCUGGACUGAACGCAGUCUGCCGAGCUGUGGCACCAGCCCUGCAUGCACACAGCACGGUCUCAAAACAGAAGACGCCGCCAACGUGCCAGGCAGCGACGGACAAGACCCAGCUGAAUCUACCGAAGAGCUCGACGAGAGCUCUGUCGGCCUUGGCAUCACUUCCGACCUUGAACACGAUCUCGCCAGUCGCAGAUCCAGUUUUGCUCCGGUCUUGCCUUCGCCUAUGCUUCCUGGUAGCGUACAAGCACUGCAAGGUCCUUUCUCUCACCACCGCGCCCCUUCCUGGACAAGACGCGCUGACAUCUCGCCGCUCGUCGGAUCGUCUUCACCGCAUCAGCCUUACAUUUUUGGCGACGCUUUUGCUACUCCAGCUGAUGGUGACUUGCGAGCUUUGGGCUUGGACGUAGGCAACCAAAUGCAGCGCGCAUUGAGCGACGUCACGCCUGUAUCGUCUGCAGGCUCAGAGAUGGCUGCUGCAGUAGCUCUGGCUUCCUCUUCUUCCGCUGCUCCUCCUUCCAUUCCCCUGCGUCGCGACUCGCGUAUCCGCUGCUCGUCCGAUUCAGCCAACUACCACGGUCCCGCCUCCAAUCUGGCCAAGCACUCACCUUCGCUCUCAAUCUCGUCUACUACUUUUAACUCGGGUCGCUUCACAACCGCCUUCCCAUCCACAUCAAGCUAUCUCGGCGGCAGCGACAUCAGCACCUUGCAGAGCCCUCCACGUACCAGCUCUUUGCGUCAGUCGCCUUCCAUCACCUCAUUGCGAGAAUCUCCUGCUGCUUUGGCCAAGGAAGGCUCACAGCGUACUCCGCCAGCUAAAAGACCCAUGCGUCCUACAUUGGAUCGCAUCCCCACCCUCGACGAUCUCAGCAAUUCCGUCGUCGCAGUACAGCAGCCUCCGUCGGCUGAGCCGGGUCGCCAGUCACCCUCCAGCUCUGUCCGAGAAGCCUCCUUGCGCACCACCUCAGCAGCUUCGAGAAGUCGAAGGGUUUCGGAUGUCUCAAUCAACAGCUUCUUGCAAAAUGGCGAAUUCAACCACAUCGUCGGCACAUACACCAGCAGGAUGCGAUGGGAGGAAGGUCUAUACGACUUUGACGAGAGCGCCGAGACGGAUGGCGACGAGUCGAGGGCUGUCAAGACCGCAGAGGAGGGCAGUGCUGCCAUUGUCCAAGGCCGCGAUCUCACCUUGGCACAGAUUGAGGCCGAGACUGGUCCCAACACUACCCACCUUUUGCUUGGUGACAACCAGACAGAAGGCCUUCUCGAAGUGCUUGACCGCGUUCUACCACUGGCCACCAACCUGCUCGUCCUCGACCUUUCCAAAUGUGGCCUUCAGCAACUGCCCGACACCAUUGGCGCGUGCAUCGCACUUGAAGAGCUCGACAUCUCGGGCAACGCCGUUGGUCAGCUCCCGGACUGGACCCUCAACCUUCGUGCCUUGCGCACGUUAUCGGCAGACAGCAUUGGAUUGAGCCAUCUUCCGUCCAGCUUGAUCCAGCUCCAGGAGCUGCAGCGUCUCAGCCUCCGCAACAAUCAGCUUGUCUUCUUGCCUAGCUGGCUCCACCGCAUGUCCAAGCUCAGCAAUCUCUUUGUCGAGGGCAACCAUUUCCGUGGACCUUGGCAGGACAUUGUUGCUCCUCUACUAUCUCAACAAGCCCAGCAGGCACAGCAAGCGCAGGCUCGCGAUGCUUUCGCCAUGCACACUGGACUACGCAGCGUCACUGAGGCUGAUCUGGGCCAGACUCAGGCGCGUCCCGUGAUGUCUCGCAUGCGCAGUGCCAACGAUCUGCAGACCAUGCUCAAUAGCAACUUCGGCAUGCAGACUACACCCGUCUCGACACCUGACUUUCAGAGCGACGACAGUGGCUACGUCAGCCCAGCUGAGCUUCACUCGCGAUCCACCACUGGAUACGAGGAUCGAGUCACCAGGCUUUCGUAUGCGGAUGAAGCAGACCCACAUGCCACCGGUGGAGGCAAGUGGGGUGGCUUCCUCAAGAAGAUCGGUCGCAAGGCUUCGAGCCACAAGCUCGCUUCGGCUUUCCACGACUCGACCACUAGUCCCAGUGAGAGCCGCUUCUCGUCGCCAAAGGCUUCGCGCAAGUCACUGCGCUCGUCUGGUAGUGCUGCGAGAUCCAACUCUGUCUGCAAGACUGGAAAGGCUUCCUUCAUGACUCCGUCGCAGUCAGAGCCGCUUUCACCUUCGGCUGCCUUCUCCUCGCUCAAUCUCGCAGCUGCCAUCGACGAGCGCCGUGCUCCAAUGACACCGCUUGACCCUCCCUCGGAAACAGUCACUCCUUCUGAGACCGGCAUGCUACUCCAGCCCAUCUCGCUGGACGCGGAGGCGAAGAAGGCACGCCGACGCAGUUUUCUACCUGUCUUCACCACUGCUCCUGACGCCACCCCGCAAGCGCUAGGCCAGGGCAAGCAGGUGGAGACAUCUGCCCAAUCACAAGAGAUGGAUGAAGAGAGUCUCGCCAGGCAUCGCAACCGUCUGCGUGGCUUGAUGCAUUACUUGCGCGAUCUUGACGACCUCACUGCCGCACGCACUGAAGCAGCUAGCUUCGUCGGACCCAGCAAGAGCACUCUCGUGCACCUCCGUGAAGCAGGUGGCAGCAGUCACUCUCGCUCGCCCAGCAUGCACCAAGCUGAAUCGAGCAACCCUUCCACCAAGUCGCGCGACUCGGGUGGAGAGUACGUCGCUAGCACAGCUGCCAGCUCCAUCUCGGAAGGCACUACCUCUUCGGAGCCAGCUCGUCUUAGCACAGCUCGAUGCAACAAGGACAACUCGGUGCGACGAUUCCGUAUCAUUGCCGAGAUUGUCUCGACUGAGCGCACUUACGUCAAGGGUCUUGGCGAGUUGGUCGAUAUCUAUGUCAAGCCGGCUAUGGCUCCUGCCGAUGGCAACAGUGGUGUUCCCGUCAUUCCUCCUAGCGAGCACCGUGCCGUCUUUGGCAACGUUGAAGCAUUGUUGCAGUUCCAUCGUACUGUGUUCUUGCCGUCGCUUGUGGCAAUGGCCAGCCCUGUUCUGGGCCAUAACCAGGAAGUACCGUCCGAGAUGGCACCCGAAGAGACAGCAGCAGUCGCUGAGAAAGUCGCCUCGGUAUUCUCGACCCACGCAGCCUUCUUCAAGAUGUACACGAGCUACAUCAACAACUGCGAUUCUGCCCAGAACCGCAUCAGUGCAUGGCUGGCGCCUUCUUCCGCAGGCAACGGCGGUGGUCUCUCGCUUCGUGGUACAUCUGGCUACAGUGCUCUCCAAGCGUUCGGCGCUAUGUCUGUACAGCAAGGUGCCGCUGCAGCCAUGUACGCGAACGGGAUAAGCGGCGGCUCGAUGGGUGGCAAUGCCGGUUCUGGCAUGUUUGGUGGCGAUGGCAGCAGUCUUUCCCCUUCGCAGCGUAAGAAGAUCAAGACCUUCAUGAAGCGCUGCCGCACGCACCCAAGACACACCCAGCUCAACGUCGAGAGCUACCUGCUUCUACCCGUGCAGAGGAUCCCUCGAUACCGUUUGCUCCUCGAAGAUCUUGUCAAGAGCACCGACACUACUCGCCUUUCCGAUGGCGACGCUUUGGCUACAGCCCUGGAGCAUGUGACACAGAUCGCAUCAAAAGUCAACGAAAGCAAGCGUCAAUCAGAGCAAGAUCGACGUCUUCUCGCAUGGCAGUACCGCAUCCGUGGACCCAUUGAAGGGGCGCUGGUCCAGCCUCAUCGUCGAUUGCUCAAGGAUGGACCUCUACAGUUGAAGCGAACUGUUCGCCGUAUCGCUGGCUUUGUUCGCUCUAACCGAAGCGGUUCCGUCGGUGCUGCUCAGCAGCGAGACAGCACUGGUGCUUUAUCACCACUCAGCAUUCCCGGUCAAGGCCACGUGCUCUCGGCAGACCACUUGCAGCAAGUGACCGAAGAUCAGAGCAUGGCUUUGAUUCUCUGCAGUGACGUUGCUGUGCUCUGUGCUGAACAGACCAGGACUAAAGAUCCCAACGCGCCCGUCCUGCUUCGAUCGAUGCUCAAGCUCAUCCGACCAGUCGAGAUCCUCGGCGGUGUCAACUUGCGCAUUGUCGACCGUUCUGAGAUUCUUUACCUUGCAGCAAGCUCGCCGGAAGAGGCAGUGGCCUGGAAGACUGCUUUCGAUCUUCAUUUCUAUCAGUGA